CAUUUAUCUCCUUAAUUGUUUUGUUAAUUAGUAAUAUACACACAGAUGUUAUAAUAAUAAAUUUGUCACCAAUUGCGCACCAAGAGAAGUGAGCGCAUUAUAAAUACAAGUACUCUGAUAAAUUAUUGCAGUUUUUAAAACUUUUAAAGUGAAUUUAUUUUAUAAGUAUGAGUGAUAUUUUACCUUCACAGCCGAAUACUAAUACUAAACAUUUAAACCUUGAUUCAUCAUGUCUGGAAGUAGCAACAUAUCGAGUGUAUGUGAUCACUUGGAACGUUGGGAGUCGAUUCCCAGACAACAUUUCUUUACGCAACCUUCUCGGUUUGGACUCCACUGAGCAUGAACACAUGCCGGAUAUAUAUGCUGUCGGGUUACAAGAAGUCAAUGUACAGCCUCAACAACAAGUUUUGGGUUUAUUUAAAGAGGAUCCAUGGACGGCAAAAGUCAAGUCAACGUUGGGAGACCUUGGGUACGUGGUCUUUAAGACUGAGCAAAUGCAAGGUUUACUAUUAACAAUGCUGAUAAAACGUGUUCAUGUGAAUUAUUUGCGUGAUAUCGAAGCCGAAUAUACAAGAACUGGAUUCGGCGGUAUAUGGGGAAAUAAGGGCGCAGUCAGUAUACGUUUUAAUUUGUACGGCUGUGAUAUGACCUUUGUGAACGCGCACUUAGCCGCCCAUGAUAGUCAUUUAGAAGAACGUAUUCAAGACUUUAAGCAAAUUAUGGCUAAUCACCAUUAUCAUGUUAAACGAUUUCGUGGAAUAUAUGAUCAUGAUUAUGUAUUCUGGUUUGGAGAUUUAAAUUUUCGACUAUCUGGCGACGAUACCUCUAAAGAAGUUCAGAUGGCAAUAGCUGCCGGUGCUUUUGAGCAACUGAUGGAACGUGAUCAACUUUCAUACGUGCGAGAGGUGACUCAGGAAGCAUUCCAUGUGUUAAAUGAACGGAAACCCACUUUUCCGCCUACAUUUAAAUUUAAGGAAGGCACGUGCGAAUACGAUCUUAAACGCCGUGCGGCAUGGACAGACCGAAUUCUUUAUGGUAUUCAACCUGAUAACUGCAAUCCAAAUACACAGUUACAUGCUGAUCAGUUUUCUUAUAAAUCUCAUCCAGGCUAUUCAAUAAGCGAUCAUAAGCCGGUAACAGGUGAAUUCUUCAUCAAAUUGUUUCCUGGCUACAAAACACCAAAUAUACGUUUUUCGGACUUGAACGUUUGGCGAAUUGGUGAGGAAAACACUGUAGAAUACACAAAACCUCUAACCUUUAAGGAAUGCGAUCAUGAUUGGAUUGGUAUUUAUCAAUUCGAGUACACAAGCUUGCGGGAUUAUGUGGCCUAUGAAUACGUUUGCCAAGCUGAAUCGCCACCGCCUUCGCCGGAUUUGUCUACAGAUCCUUUUUUUGCCCACAGCCCUCGUCGUCUUAGCCAACGUAAUCGAAAUCGGGAUUAUUUGCGUCGCCAAACGCGCGACAACGAAGAAAUUGUACGCCUCGAUUUUGCCGAAGAUAUUGAAAUGAAAGGCGAUGAGCGUUACAUUUUAAUUUAUUUUCAAAAUUCCGGGUCGCAUAGUGUUACUAGCAUAGGCGGUAUUAGCAAUAUAUUUAGAGCAGAAACGGCGAGCUCCCUUCCACGAUUAGCCAAUGUCGAUUGAAAGAACUUUUUAUUAAAAUAUAUUUUUAAAUAUUUUUAAAUUUUAUAUACCUAUGUUUGUUGUAAAGUUUAUAUUGUUGUAAAUGAUUAUUCAUUUCGUUGUAAGAUAUGUACAUUUUUCAGAAUAUAAGUAAUUAAAUAGCAAAUCAUAGUUUGUUAUCAAACAAGCAUCGUUAAAAUAUUCGUAUAAUGUAUGUAGUUAUAAAUCAAUUCUUUUAUUAUGUAAUGGAGACACUAUAAUGUGUAAAAAAAUAUCUAUUUUGUAUUAAAAAAUUCUUCAUCGAGUCACGUGAUUGUAUUCUAAUUAUAAAUCGUUUUGUAUUUCGCUAAGAUAGAAAUUUUAAUAUUGAAAUAAAUUCAAGAAAAUUAGCGCAUUUCCGACGCUGAGUAUUGUAUAUACCAUAAUAAUUAUGUAUGUAUGUAUGUAUUAUAUAUAUAUAGGGGUCUUUUAUUUAUAAGUCUAUUAAUUCUAGAGAUCUACUUUUUAAUAUGUACAACUUGGCUUUGGAUAUUUGCUCUCUUUGAUUAAAUUGUAUACACAAGAGAAAGCCCAAUUGACAUUUUUGCCUUUCACUUCUGAUAAUCGAAUGAAAAAUUUUACUUUUAUUUAUUAUCAAUUUUCAAUUUAGAUUAUUUUCUUGACAUACGUACCCUAACGACAGAUAUAUAUUGGCAAUACACGUCGAGUUGCGAUAGAUUAUGAAGGAGGGUGUGAGCCUAACAUUAAUAUAUCGUAGUAACUCUUAUAUACCAUAGCAUUACUUUUUAGACUUCACUUUAUCGUACUUCUUCUAAUAGAUGUUUUCUCAAUCGAUUAAUAGCUAUUAUAUAAUCAGCGAGCAGUGAUACGAUUCUUAUGCCGAUACCUAAAAAAAGAGACUGUUCAGCGAGAACCUCAAAAGAUUUAGUGCAGUACUUAUAUGUUGUCAGAGUAUGAGAGAAGAUGAUCGGCAAUAUAUUGAACGAUAAAUUUGCGAAGCACUCUUCCAUAUAAAGCUAUAUAUUUGCUGUAACGGAACUUCUUAAAAUUACUUAAAUUAGUUUUGUUUGAAUAACAUUUUAUUGAAAGAUGCGUUUAGAGAUAUUGUUUUAACUGCUUUGGGUUAAGUUAUGUGGUUUUCUCUGUUUAAUUAUUAAUUAAUAGCCUAAAUGAUAAGUAAAUAAAUGAAUACGUGUACGCAAUGUAAGAUAUUUUUCAUGGUAAUAAAUGGUAAAAAUGAUUAUCAAAA